AUGCCUACUCAUGUGUACGAGGUCGUUCAGGAUGAUCUGAACCCUUUGCUGAUGGUCGCUGUAGAAGGAGAUAAUGUUACUUUGCCAUGUGGUAUCCCUUCUAUCAAAACCUGCUCUUCUAUCAGCUGGGACAUGAGUGCAGAAUUUAAUUUAACUGAUGAGAUUAUAAAGAAAGAAAAACCGACAGCUCCAAACAGCCACAGGUAUCGCCUGCUCAAAGACUGCUCUCUACAGAUAACUCAGCUGGUGCUCAAUGACGCACGGCUUUACACGUGUAAGAGUGGAACGCUCAAGUCAAGUGUUUCACUUCGAAUUCUUUGCAUUACUGAAAGGUCACUUCCUGCAAAUGACAAAAAGCUGGAGCUUCAUUGUUACCUCAGUACAGAUAAAGGAGCUGACCCCUGUUUCAACCACAAAGAGCUUCAUAUCAACUGGAGCACUGAGGAUGAUACACCAAUAAAUGGAAGUAGAUUUGUAAUUGAACAUCCACAUAAUUGCUUCUCUAAACUGAUUAUUGAUAAAAAAUUGACAGACCACCACAGAAAAUGGAGAUGUCAUCUAACUCAGAAUGACCUUGUUAAAGCCACCAUCAGUUAUACGACAACAGUAGAAGAUGGACUAGAGGAAGUGUUUGCCACAGUGGGUGAGUCAGUACUGUUGACUUGUGGCAACACUUCCUCUCCUGAUAUGAAGUGGACUUUGCGUGAAAAGCAACUGAGAGAUGCUAGUUCACCUGAUAAUGGCCAAAUAAAAGCAUCACAUGUGAAUCAAGAUUCCUCUCUAGUCAUUAGCAGACUGAGCUCACUGCAUGCUGGAGACUACCAGUGUUCACACUCCACUGAUAAAAAAGAUGUGCUCAAUAAAUUCAGGCUGCAUACCCUUGAUGUAACUGCAAUGCCUGCAGGGCUCAGAGGAGAGAAUCUCACCUUGACCUGUGCACUUACCUGUGCCACAGAAUGUGAAAAAGACUUUGAAUUAACUUGGUCAGGAAGUGCCCACAAAAGUUGGCAGAGUGAAUUAAUGAAUAUCAAUAAUACUCUGAUAAAGAAGUUAUUUCUCCCAGAGUCAUCAGUGCGAUCAUACGAAGAUAUAACAUGCUCUGUGCACAGAGAGGGCGCUCUGGUGGCAUCAAAAAAGUGGCGCGCCGUUGACCCUCUGCAAACACCUGCCUGGGUAGGCCUGCCUCUAGUCAUCCUGAUAGUGGCGGGUGGGCUUUACAUUUACACCAAGAGGAAGCGCAACAAGGAUGCAGCUAAUGAUCAGCCCAGUACUGAAAUGACUCAUGUGUACGAGGUCGUUCAGGAUGAUCGUAAUGAGGAACAACAACAGCAACUACAUUUAAAAAGAGAAGCAGCCACUGCAACAACCAGUUUUUAUGAUUUAUUACAAGCUGUGAACUAGAGUGAAACCACAUGCUGUUCUUUGUCUUUAUCACAAACUUCAAAAUCAUCAACAGAUGUGGUUUACAAAACCUGUUUGAAAACAGACUUUUUUCCAUUCCAAGAAACAGAAAUUCACUGUAAAUCAGCUCCUCCUUUGCCUUGCUACAGACAUGCAUGCAAGAUUUUAAAGAAAUAAAGUUACAAAAACAUGAUUGGUUACAUUAUAAGCAUGCAAACUUAUCUACUUUUGAAAAUCCAACCCACACUGCAAGGAUGAGAUAACCGCAGAGGAGAAUCUUCUUCCUUACUUGAAAAUAUUUAUUAUUGGACUGCAACAAAGGAGAGAAAAAUGUUUUGGUUUCUUUGGUUUUUGUUGUUGUUGGGUUGUUUUUUGUUGACAUGAUAAGAUUUGAACAUUUUAAUUUGAACAAUUUCAUAAAGGAGGCAAAACCUCAUACAACUUACAGGUAACUAAGCUUUCGUCUGGCAUUUGAUACAGACUGUUGAUUCGCUGGCCUGGAAUAUCUGUGAAAAAGAAAAAGGUUCAAGUCAAGUGUUGAACAGAAAGGCAUCACAGUGGCUAAAAAGCGCAGUAAGAAGAGAGUUGGCACUCACUCGUCAAAGGUGCAACAAUCUCAUAUGUAGACAUACAAUUACCUGAAUAACAAGAAA